CGAGUACAUAACAAUUUGGCGACGGGGAAAACUACUAUUAACCACUCAGCAGCAGCAACAUAACAAUUUACUAUGGAUUAUUCUAAAUUGGAAUUAUUGUUUGAACAACAAUUGAAAUUAAUGGAAAUGUUCGUCAACCAACAGACUGGUCCAGCUCCACCUUCAAGCAAUCCCAAUCAUACCAUGCUACCAUCUGUCGACGGUAUUGUGAACAGCAUUUCACAGUUCAAUUAUGACCCAGAGGCUAAUGUCACUUUUGACACAUGGUAUCAACGUUAUGAGGAUUUAUUCACUGUUGAUCUCGCCUCACAAGACGAUGCCUGGAAGGUGCGAGUUUUGCUACGUAAAUUGGGUCCGGCAGAAUAUGAACGGUACUGCAACCUAAUUUUACCACAGAAACCACGUGACAAUUGUUUCGAUGAUACAAUAAAGUUGCUGCGUGAACAUUUCGGAGACCACUCCUCAUUAUUCAGUAUACGUUAUCGUUGCCUCAAGCUGGCAAUGAAUGAAAAUGAUGAUUUUCUUACUCACGUUGGCACAGUCAACCGAGAAUGUGAGAGAUUUCGACUCAGGUCCUUAACAGAUGAUCAGUUCAAAGCCUUGAUUCUCAUAUGCAGUCUCCAAUCUCCUCGUUUCACAGAUAUCCGAACUCGACUGCUCAAUCAGCUAGAACAAAAUCCCAAGUUAACAUUACAUGACAUAGCUGAUGAAUAUCAACGGCUGAUUAAUCUGCAGAAAGACACACACCUGGUCGAAUCAACACCUUCGAGAAGCUCUGAUAUUCGUGCAUUACGAAAGAGCAAAAAUCUCUCAUCAUCCAGUCCUGACCCACCUACUUCUCUAAUGUCCCGCGGAAAUCUAUACAUACUCGUCCAACUUCACAAAAUACGACAAAGAAGACCCCUCCAUCACCAUGCUGGCACUGUGGCGCGUGGCACUUUGUAAAGUCUUGCCCAUACAAAAAUCAUCGUUGCAGCAAGUGCAAAAUCAUCGGUCAUAAAAAUGGGUUUUGUCAGCCACGCCAACUCAGAUAUCAUAAUCCAGCAAAAGCUCAACAAAAUGUCGGUCCUAAAUCUCCAAAAAGAUCACUGAGUCUACGUGCAACCUGUCAAGUCACAACACCAGCUAUGCGGAAAUAUAUUGACCAUCAGAUGAAUGGUCAUGAUACUCGUCUGCAGCUAGAUACUGCCUCUGAUAUUACUGUUAUAUCAGAGAAACUUUGGAAUUAUAUUGGCAGACCACCUAUCACCAAUACUUCCCAGUCUCUUCUCAGUGCCUGUGGUGGGCGGCUCAAACUAAUUGGUGAACUCAAAUGUCCCGUUUCCUUCCGCAAUACCAAAUUCACAGGAAUUUGCUACGUCACCAAGAGUGAUUUAAAUCUUUU